AUGUCUGUUAAGCCAGGAGCUGAUUUCAUUUUCUUAAAUGACGUUUGGUUUAAUAUAAACCCAUCCAUGCCUUAUUUAGCUAAGAAACUCCUGGUAUUAUUGCGAGAUGGCCGAAAGCUUUUGGGGACACUUCGUUCUUUUGACCCAUUUGCUAAUGUUGUUCUUGAAGGUGCACGUGACCGUGUUAUUGUUGGUGAUCUCUAUUAUGAUGUCCCAUUAGGUCUUUAUAUUAUCCGUGGGGAGAAUGUCGUGUUAAUUGGAGAAUUGGAUGUUGAUAAGGAGGAACUUCCACCCCAUAUGACUCCUGUUUCAGAAGAUGAUAUUACAAGGGUAUGA